UCUCUCUCUUUUUUUUCUCUUCUCCUUUGACUUGUCGGUUUGAUCCGAUCCACUCUGUAAUCAUGUUUUGGUCACGUAGCAAUCCCUUGUUUAAAACCAACGACUCUAUAAUGACCAUCGCACUCGUCUCUGUUGAAGCCGUCCUAAUAUGUUUCCUAGAAGGGUUCGUCGUUAUGAAUCACUUGCAGCUUGUUAGUAAUUGUUCGAUGGAUCGCAGUGGCGAAGGCGUAAGCGAAUCUGAUUUGAUCUACCACUCGCUUUUUAUCGUCGCUCAAGUAUUUCAAAUCUUGCUCUGUGCUGACGCACUUUAUCAGAAAAAUACUGCCCAGUUGUGUACUUUGGUUGCCUUUGGCUUUCUUGUUGUUGGCUAUGGCGGGAUUCAGCUCGAACAGCAUAUGAUUCUGGAAGAUGUUGGCUGCGGUCCAGAGAUACCUUGGACGCCAGUCGAUCCACGAUGGUCAGCGACUCCUGCUGGUCAAGAAAUUGCUCUUGCGUACUACCGUAGCAAAAUGCGCCCACUGGAAUACGCUAUUAUCGCAUUGAUUCCGAGCUUCUUUAUCGUCAUUGCAUUCUUUACGUGGAGACUUCGCAAGGAGUUUGCUUGGGAUAAUUACCGAAACUUUUCCGCUGAUAUGAGAAUCCGCAAUGCUUUGAUCAUCACCAGUGUCUUAUUGACGCUUUUAAAGCUUGACUUUUACUUUGUCUUCUCCUACGCUGCCCAGCUGAUUCCGUCACAAAAGCUCCAAUAUGACGAGACGAUUACUGAGACGGUACUUGUAUUUGUCCUGGGAGCACUUGGGCUGAGCGUGGCCAUGCUUGCUGUCUACCGAGAAAGCAUGUACAUGAUGGGUGCCUUUAUUGUGGGCUGUGUUGUAGCGGUCGCAUACCUCAUUUAUUCUCUCGUCCGAAUCACGAUUCCUCGAACAGGAGGCGAUCCUUACGAGUUCACGCGUCGUUUCCUCAUAUUUACUGUGGUGGUUGCCCUGUUUUUGAUCCUACUUACCAUGUCAGUAGCCGUUAAAGGGUUCUUGAACCUGAAAAAUGGAAUCCGUGUCUUUUCACACAAAUCGGCGCAAAAAGAUAAGCACCGCGACCCCAAUCUGCCGAUUGACCAGUCUUCUUCUAUUGAUGAAUUGGAGAUGGCUGAGCACCAGUCGGAGCAAAGAUUCAUCAAACAAGACAAGACCUUGCUGCAGGAUCAGGAAGAGGAGGAACAUCACCAUAACAGUCAUGCGAAUAACAAUUCGAGAAAACAUCCUAACGAUGAUAUGUGGACUAUCGAAUAGCUGGCAUAGUGGUAGUGCUCACAUAUCUGGUACUAUCUUUGAAAAACCCCUUCAUAUAUAUUGAUAUAUACCCCAAUCAUCGCUUUCCAUUACUAUCAUUAUUAUUGUUAUUGUUCGUCAAAAUCACCUCCUCCCUUGUUUUUAUAUCUGAUGUAAUAUGUAUAGUUUAUAGUUCUAUUUUAUAUUAUUGUCAUUAAAUCAAUGCACUAUAUACGUGUCUAAAGUAGCCAAAUACAAAAUUGUGUGUCCUCCCUUCAAACAUUCCAAGAGAAUUCAUACUCACUAUUUU